AUGGCCGUUCGCGAGAGGACGCCCGACAGCCGGCGGAUGUCAAGACCCAUGGCCGACGCGACGGCAGAGACGACGUCUGCCACAGCUGGCAGCAGUGGUAAUGGACUCCGAAAGCGACGCGGCUCGACGUCGUUUGACGAGCAUCGGAACAGCUUCUCGAGCAUUGCGUCGCUCAAUGCCGCGAACAACAUAUACGACCGUGUGAAUGCAGGUGGCGCAGCCUCGACAGGUAGCCCGGCAGCCGCCUUCCGACGCCGCAGCUCCAACUUUUCCGACUACAGCCAGGAUGCACGCGAUCUUCUGAAUCCCCGUCCGCUCGCUGGAUCUGCCGAGUUGUCGCAGCAUCAGGAGCCAACAAGCAGUUGGGACUCCCUGCCCUUGGCAUUCGCGCUGCUGCCGGCCUUGGGCGGCCUAUUUGUCAAGGGAGGCGAUUCCUUUGUGUCCGACUUGAUGCUGCUCGCCAUCGGCGGCAUCUUCCUCCAUUGGAGCGUUACGCAGCCUUGGUCCUGGUAUCAUGAUUCUCAGCAAAUUCGCGAAGAACACGAAGCGAACGCAGAUUUUGCGGUCGAGAUCGACUCUGAUAUCGAAGAUUGCGACGCCGAAGAGGACCUACCACCUCCUGUUCCCCUGGGCGAUUUGCAAGAAGAGGAGGAGGAGGGCGCAGAGAACGCGAAAAAAGACGCCAAGACGGACGACGGCAACUCCACAUCGCCGGCAAAGGCUGACAAGACGGAGAACAAUGGGCCAAAGCCGCCUACGCCGGACGAGCGGGUUGCUGCAUUCAACAAAAAGCAGCGCGAGAAGCGCCUGGAGGACCGCAAGGCGUUUCAAAAGCGACAAGAAACAGCACUAAAAGAGCUGUACCGCCAUGAAACUUUGGCUCUGCUGUCAUGCUUUGCGGCUCCCAUUGCCGGAGCGUACCUUUUGCAUGCAUUGCGCAGCCAGCUGACCCGUCCUUCAGAGGGUCUUGUGUCCAACUUCAAUCUGGCCGUGUUCAUCUUGGCGGCCGAACUUGUGAAAUCCCGGACCCUGCACUUGCAGCGCAUCGUGCACGUCAACCCCUACCGUGAAGAGGAAGAGCGGUACCGCGAGCGGCGCGCGCUGGAGGAGCAAGAGCAAAACGAGCAGUUGGCCGAUCUGCUGCACCGCUUCGAGAGCCUUGAACAGCAAACCAAAGCCGCGGUCGCCGAGGCCGCGUCCGCGGCAGCAUCAACCUCCACUUCAAAGCCCACAUCCACACACCACACGUCGUCCACGCCCACUUCCUACUUCCCUUUGCCAACGUCGCCUCCGUCUCCGCCCUCGCCCAUCAACAAUGGCUCUGCAAGCUCGCCAGACGACAUUGGCCGGGCCAGUGCCAGUGCAAAGGUCAUGCAUCGCAGCCCGUCCGACACGAAGCGCGAGCGUGAUCAACUAAUGCGUGAAGUUCGCGCCCAGUUGCAGCCCGAGCUCGAUACGCUUGCCCGGGCGCUGCGGCGUACACACAAGCAGCAGACACUGCUCGAGAGUCAGGUCGUGGCCAAAUUUCGCGCAACGGACCAGAGGCUGGCCGAUGCCAUGGCGCUGGCUUCGGCAGCAGCGGGGAGCGCGCGGACUCCGUUUCGCAGCCGCCGCCUGUCCGCUACACCCACAUCGAUCACUCUGUCCCCGGGUAGUCUUGCAGAAGCCAUGUGGACGACUAUCCUCUGGGCCUCUGAGGCAAUUCUAGAGCUGCUGCUCUUCAUCCCACGCCGUGUCAUGAUAGCCACUGCAGCAGUGAUGACGUUUCCCAUCUGGGUGCUGCAGAGCAUGCUCGGUGCACUAGGUCUUGGUGGCACCAGCAACAGUGACAAUAAAAAAACGAGUGGUGCAAGAGAGACUCGUUCUCAGGACAGCAAAAACGACCGAUCGCUGGCCUCGUCGUCCGGAUCGUCCACCAGUUUUGGCGACAGCUCUCUUCGUUUCGGCAAGAAUGCCGGGGCAGACACUAAAGUCGUUCGCGAUCUCGACUAUGAAUACACUGCCAUGUCGACUCCCAAGGUUCGGCAGAACCGGUUCGGAUUGGCAUGA